AUGCCUUUCUCCAUGGAUUUCCACAAGGGCAACCAUCUUGAAGAUCACGAUCUUUACUCUCAUGAUGAAGUCGAUGCUGACGACGAAUUUGAGCAUCACCACUUCAACAAUGACAGUGACGAUGACUUGCUGAAAUCUUAUACUUCUACCCACUUUUCAACUACUGAAGAUAGAUUCAUCAAGGACCACGACUUGAAGGUCAAAGCGUUUGAAGCUCUCCAUAACUUUAAUACUGGCAAUUCUGGUGCCAAAGUCGAAGGUUUCCAAGUUCCAGGUAGUCCCCUGACUUCCAUCAAGAGAAGGCAAUCUAUUAUUGAGUUACCCCAAACUGUUCAAAAUACAAUUCCAUACUCCAAUGGGGCCCCCUCCAGCUUAACUAGCCAAUUCGCCCAGAGGAAUCUUCAUUCAAAUGCACUUCCUGAGGAGUUUCCUUCGGAUGAGUUGAUUGAAUUGUACCAAAACGUUAAACUUUGUCUUGAUCUCAGACACAAAUAUUUGGCCAACUCCUUGCAGAACGAUGAGAUGGACAACCCCAAGAACAAAGAAGGCUGGAAUAUCUAUCCACCUCCUCCAAAACCGACCUACAAGUCCAAGAACAAGUUCAAUCAGCUUCCCGGAGCUCAGAAUGAGACGGAAGAAGAGUUCGAAUUUGCAAAAUGUAUAAUUCCAGGACCUCUGGAUCAGUAUGAGUUCACUUUCAACGAAGAAGAUGUAUACCAGGUCGUAGAUAAAACUACAGGUGAAACAAUUUCCCAGGUCCCAACCUUGAACGACUACUACAGUGACUUGAAUAACAUAAUCAAAAUGUCGUCUGAUGGCCCUACCAAGUCGUUUGCGUUCAAGAGGUUGCAAUACUUGGAAGCAAAAUGGAACAUGUACUCAUUACUUAACGACUUCGAGGAAAGCAAAAAGUCAAAACGGAAUCCACAUAGAGACUUCUACAAUGUCCGUAAAGUAGACACACAUAUCCACCAUUCUGCUUGUAUGAACCAGAAGCAUUUGUUACGUUUCAUAAAGUACAAGUUGAAAACCCUGCCUGACGAACAGGUGAUCUUCAGAGACGGCAAGGUGUUGACUUUGGCACAAGUAUUUGAAUCCUUGAGAUUAUCUGCUUACGACUUAUCCAUCGAUACGUUGGAUAUGCAUGCUCAUACCGAUUCAUUCCAUAGAUUUGAUAAGUUCAACUUGAAGUACAACCCGAUUGGAGAAUCGAGAUUGAGAGAAAUUUUCUUAAAAACCGAUAACUUCAUCCAGGGAAGAUAUCUAGCUGAGCUCACCAAGCAGGUAUUUGACGAUCUUGAAGGAUCCAAGUACCAGAUGGUGGAGUUAAGAAUUUCUAUCUACGGAAGAUCUAUCGAUGAGUGGGACAAGCUUGCCAGCUGGAUUGUGGAUAACAAAUUGUUUUCGCACAACGUGCGUUGGUUGAUCCAAGUUCCUAGAUUGUACGACUUAUACAAGAAAAACGGCAAUGUCAAAACAUUCAACGACAUCUUGAAGAACCUCUUCCAUCCCUUGUACGAAGUCACUAUUAACCCGCAAUCACAUCCUAAAUUACAUGUUUUCUUGCAGAGAGUAAUUGGUUUUGAUUCUGUAGACGAUGAAUCAAAGAACGAAAGACCUUUGCAAGCAAAGAGGUUCCCCCCAGCCUCAAGUUGGGACAGUACUACCAACCCUCCCUACUCUUACUACUUGUACUACAUCCAUGCCAAUUUGACACCUUUGAACAAAUUGAGACAGAAGUUGAAUUUCAACACGUUUGUUUUAAGGCCACAUUGUGGGGAAGCUGGUGAUCCUGAGCAUUUGAUAAGUGCCUUCUUAACUUCCCAUUCGAUUUCGCACGGAAUCUUGUUGAGAAAGAUUCCCUUCAUCCAGUAUUUGUAUUACUUGGACCAAAUCGGGUUGGCCAUGUCCCCCUUGUCCAACAACGCAUUGUUCUUGACAUACGACAAGAAUCCGUUCCAUAACUUCUUCAGAAAGGGGUUGAAUGUGUCGUUAUCUACUGACGACCCUCUUCAGUUCUCCUACACCAAGGAGCCGUUGAUUGAAGAGUAUUCUGUGGCUGCGCAGAUCUACAAAUUGUCUAGUGUGGAUAUGUGUGAAUUGGCUUAUAAUUCAGUCAGACAGUCAGGCUGGGAAGCUCUGAUUAAGAAACAUUGGUUAGGUAAGAGGUACCAAUUGGGUGGUAUGGCAGGGCACGACAUAGAAAAGACCAAUGUUCCAGAUAUCAGAGUGGGCUACAGAGAAGAUACGUUGAAGAGCGAACUAGAAUUAGUGAACUACUAUACGAACAUGAAGAAGCUGGCCUAG